CCUACUCACAGACGCGCAACACAAGUAAUAAUAAAUCAUUUGCUGGAUUGGAAGCACAAUGGAUGUAGCAGCAGUGAUCUACACAUUAAUGGAGGUGCUCAUCGCUGUUUGCUGCUGUCUUGGUAAUGUGUUGGUGAUUUUGGCACUUUGGACCAGUAAGUGCAUUAAGCAGCCUACCUUCUGCCUGAUUGUGUCUCUGGCUGUGGCUGACUUAAUGGUCGGCUGUGUGUCCAUUCCGGUGGCAGUUGUGGUGGACGGACGAGUGAAGACUUCAUUUCACGUUUGCCUCUUCCUCAGCUGUGUGGAGAUCCUGUUCACCGUGGUAUCUGUUAUGUGUCUUGUCGCUAUCACAGUGGAUAGAUUCCUCCGGGUGUACAUCCCUCUUAGGUACAAAAGAACAGUAACACCGAGACAUUCCAGACUUGUGGUAGCAGCAUGCUGGCUUGUUGCAAUACCACUAAGUUUUGCUCCCAUGCUUGGAUGGCAUAACCAUGAAACAUUAUCUAAGACAGUCAACUCUACUUUGACCUGCCAGUUUACAGCUGUUAUCCCCAUGUCCUAUCUGGUUUACUUCAACUUUUUUCUGUGCACCCUGACACCUCUGUUGGUGAUGACUGCACUGUACGGCUACGUCUUCUGUGCGAUCAGAGGAAACCUCCGAGAGAGACCAGGCAACGGUACCCAACAACAGUCUCAGAACUACCUUAAGAAAGAGAAAGAGCUGGCACUAUCUCUGUCUCUGGUCCUGGCUCUGUUUGCCCUGUCCUGGCUCCCUCUCCACAUCAUGAACUGCAUUGCUCACUUUGAUAAGAAGACUCAUGUACCAGGCACCACAUUCUAUGUUGGCAUCCUGCUUUCUCAAGCAAACUCAGCUGUAAACCCAGUUGUGUAUGCAUUCAAGAUAGAAAAGAUCAAGAAGGCGUACCUGAAGAUCUGGAGACGGAUUAUUUCUCGUGGAGAAGAAAAUCAAGAACCACAGACGAACCAGUCGACUGACAACAAUUUGAGUAUCUGAAACAGUGUGGUGAAAAAUUAGUGACAUUUAUACAAAAACUUGUCUUACUGUGUCUGUUUGAAUAUCUGAGCUCAUUGUAAAAUACCAUGAGUGAUACAUUUUCUUUGACUCAUCAGGAUGUUUUUAUUUUAUUGUAUUAUAUGUGUAUUCUUGAAAUUCAGUAUAAAAUGUUUUUGUGUUAUCAUCUAUAUUUGUACUUUUGUGGUUUACAGAGUUUUACCUAACUAACUACUUUUUCUUCUAAAUUGCCUGAGCUUUUCUGUUUAGUUUUGCAUUUAGGUUUGUAUUUUGAUCAGUAAAAACCUUCAGUUUGUCAUCAGCAUCUAUGUGUACAAUUUCCACGGCUGUCAGUCUUUUAGCAAGGCUGGAUGAAAUACUCUCUGUACAGUAUGCUCUACAAUUUAAUACAUGAAAAUGACAAUUUUAUAUCUGUCUGUAAAACAGCAUCAAAAAAGUGUACUGUCUGAAAUGUGUUUUAUUUAAAGGUAGUUUCGGGGCAUGGAGGAAGUGAGAAUUUCCUGACACAUGCUGUAGAGAAGGCCUGUUUCUGCUUAGGGCAGUUGUUUUUUUGUAGCCAUGAAUUAAAUACUGAUUUUUUAAAACA